UUGUGUAUUUUCUCAGCACACGCACACAGGCUAUCUUUUUGGUUCCUAUCUAGACCUCGGAUGAACUAAUCCUUUUAUCCAAACACAUCUCCUCCGUCUCCGAUCAAAUCAUCGGCGGCAAUUCCUGCCCUUUUUGGACUCUCGUUCUCGAACUUUCUGUGAAAAACCGAUUUGUUCACCGGAAGAAAAAUUUCUCUAAUGGGGACAGCCGUCGCAGGUAGCGACGUGGAGGUUGGAUUUGCGAAGCUUCAAGGAGAGGAUUUUGAGUACUACAUGCAAACAUACUCCAUUAUGCUCGGCCGCAAUUCUAAGAAAUCCACCGUCGAUGUCGACCUCUCUUCCUUAGGCGGUGGAAUGAACAUCUCCCGAAACCACGCUCGGAUCUUCUACGAUUUCACGCGCCGCCGAUUCGCCCUAGAGGUCCUCGGAAAAAACGGCUGCCUCGUCGAAGGCGUCCUUCAUCUCCCGGGAAACCCUACCGUGAAGCUCGAUUCGCAAGACCUUCUCCAGAUCGGAGACAAGGAGUUUUACUUUUUGCUUCCUGUACGGAGCAUUCUAGGCGGUCCGAUGGGACCCAGGCACGUCGUCCCAGGGCAUACUAGCGCCGGAGCAGUCGUGCCUUACCAUCAAUACCAUUCCGGGCCGGGUUCCGGGUCAGGAAAGAAAGGCGGGCGGGGAAGAGAAUACUUUGAAGAGUAUGAUGAUGAUGAUGAUGAAGAAGAUGACGAUGAUGAUGAUAAUAAUAUCAGGAGCAGUGGGAAGAAAUCAAGGAGAGAUGUAUAUGGCGGGUCUGCACCUCCUUCCGUUGAGAGGAAGGGAGAAGGAAGAACUAGGGUAGAUCGGGAAGCUGAUGAUCAGCAAGUUUUGAAGCUUGAGGAAAAAGAUGUUGUGUCAUCUGUUGCCACUGUUCUUUCUGAUUUAUGUGGUCCAGGAGAGUGGAUGCCUAUGGAGAAGCUUCAUUCUGUGAUACUAGAGAAUUAUGGGAACGUAUGGCAUCACAGUCGUGUAAGGAGAUACCUGACGCCUGAGGAGUGGGCGAUUCCAGAAGCACAGGGUAAAGCAUGGUACGGACUCCUGAUGCUGCUGAGAAAAUACCCAGAGCACUUCGUUAUCAACACGAGGUCAAAGGGCAGGGUCACUCUUGAGUUUGUCUCCCUUGUCUCCCUUCUCUCGUGAAACAAAACCACAUCCCAAGAUGAUAGAAUCCUUUCUUUGUUAGUGCAGGAAAAAUGUUUUUAAGGAAGUUCCCUUACUCCUUUUAUGUAAAGUGUUAGAGAUUUGGAAGGUAUUUUCUCCUCUAUGAGUCAUUGGUCUUUUCUC